CACGUACCACUAAUCAUAGACGGCUGAUUGGGACGGCCAAGCGGCACAUCGCGCCCUCUCGUUGACAUUGGCAUUGGCAUCUUUCCAUGCGGAUCGGUCUCAGCACUGCUCCUUCACGCCUAUAAGGUCCAGCCCUGCCUUGUCAGUUAUCCCAGUAGAAAGCAGUAACUCUCCUCCACAUAGCCAGCAUGGUGCAACUCGAGCCCUUUGCCGUGGAGCUGUGGAUGGACAAGUACGAAACCGAAGCCAAGUACCAGCUCGCCGAGACGUGCUGCGCGUCCAUCUCGAUCGACGACUUGAAGACCUUCUCAGAUGACAAGUCUGCUGAGGUCUUGCAGUUGGCACGGAAGUUGACCUAUGGGUCCAUCCGGGGCUCCGAUGCUCUGAGAUCCAACCUUGCCAGACUCUAUUCUUCCAGAGGCGGCUCACCACUGUCCCCGGAAAACAUCCUGACGACGCCUGGAGCCAUCGCCGCAAACUACCUGUACUUCUACUCACUGAUUGGCCCUGGAGAUCAUGUUAUAUGCCACUAUCCCACGUACCAGGCCCUCUACUCCGUGCCCGCCUCUCUCGGUGCUGAAGUAGAUCUCUGGCACGCGAGGCCCGAGAAGGCUUGGAUACCAGACAUCGAGGAGCUCAAGGCUCUCAUCAAGCCAAACACGAAGCUCAUUGUCAUAAAUAACCCCAACAAUCCCACCGGUGCCGUUCUGAAGAAGUCACUCCUCAAGAAAAUCAUUGAAGUAGCAGCCAAAGACGACAUGAUGAUUCUCAGUGACGAGGUCUACCGUCCAAUCUUCCACUCUAUCACUCCUGUGGAGUCCGAAUUCCCUCCGUCAAUGCUGAAUAUGGGAUACAGCAAAGUCACGGUAACAGGCUCCAUGUCGAAGGCAUAUGCCCUUGCAGGCAUACGUGUAGGCUGGAUGGCGUCUCGAGACCAGAACAUCAUCGAAAAGGUUGCGCAUGCGCGGCACUACACGACGAUAUCAGUCAGUCAAGUGGAUGAACAAGUGGCGGCGUUUGCUCUAGAUGCGAACACGGUCCAUAAUUUGCUUGCCAGGAACAUCCAGCUUGCAAAGAAAAACCUCGAGCUGCUAGAGAAGUUUGUCAACAAGCAUGACGAUCUGUGUCAAUGGGUCAAGCCUCUUGCUGGGACCACGGCUUUUGUGAAGUUCCACAAAGAUGGGUCCCCGGACAGCCCUAUAGACGCAGUGGAAUUCUGCAAGCAGCUACUGGAGAAGACGGGGGUAAUGUUCGUCCCUGGAGAUGAAUCCUUCGGCAAAGAAUUCUUGGGAUAUGUGCGGAUCGGGUACGUCAACGACACGGAAGUAGUUGAGGAAGGGUUGCAGAAAGUGAGGCAGUUCAUCAAGAAAGAGUUCGACAACCUGCCACUCUCGGCGCAGAAAAGCACAUAGUCGCAGCAUAUGGGGGAAGCACUGUAUAUAACCAAACAAUUUUUUGAGAGACUGCAGCGCGUAUAGCGUCGUCCUACGGCAUCAAGAUGAAAACGGUAUUGUAAAGCCGAUCC